GUCUUCCCUAUUUUUCACAGGUCACAGCAGAAAACAUCACCAUGGUCACUGAAUUCUUCUUGCUGGGUUUUUCGAGCCUUGGUGAAAUUCAGCUUGCCCUCUUUGUGGUUUUUCUCUUUCUAUAUCUAGUUAUUCUCAGUGGUAAUGUCACUAUUGUUAGUGUCAUCCGUCAAGAUCAAAGCCUCCACACUCCAAUGUACUUCUUCCUUGGCAUUCUCUCAACAUCAGAGACCUUCUACACCUUUGUCAUCCUUCCCAAGAUGCUCAUCAAUCUCCUCUCUGUGGCCCAAACAAUCUGCUUCAUCUGUUGUGCCAUUCAAAUGUUCUUCUUCCUUGGUUUUGCUAUUACCAACUGCCUACUAUUGGGAGUGAUGGGUUAUGAUCGCUAUGCUGCCAUCUGUCAUCCUCUGCAUUACCCCAUCCUUAUGAAUUGGCAGGUGUGUGGAAAAUUGGCAACCGCUUGUGGGAUUGGAGGCUUCUUGGCUUCACUAACAAUAGUAAAUUUAGUUUUCAGCCUCCCUUUCUGUGGUGCCAACAAGAUCAACCAUUACUUCUGUGACAUCUCCCCAGUCAUUCAUCUGGCUUGCACCAACACAGAUGUUCAUGAAUUUGUCAUAUUCAUCUGUGGGGUUCUUGUACUUGUUGUCCCCUUUUUGUUCAUCUGUGUUUCUUAUAGCUGCAUUCUGAGGACAAUCCUAAAGAUUCCGUCUGCUGAAGGCCGAAGGAAAGCUUUUUCCACCUGUGCCUCUCACCUCACUGUUGUUAUUGUUCACUAUGGCUGUGCUUCCUACAUCUACCUGAGGCCAACAGCAAACUAUGUGUCCAGCAAGGACAGGCUGGUAACGGUGACAUACACCAUUGUCACUCCAUUAUUAAACCCUAUGGUAUACAGUCUCAGAAACAAGGAUGUACAAGUUGCUCUCAGAAAAGUGUUGGGGAAAAAAGCAUCUGUACAAUUGUAUAAUUGA